AUGGGUUCUGCUACCCACAGAAGGUGUAUUCAUCAGGCCUUAAAGGAGAAGAUCACAGUCUUAGUGACUCAUCAGUUGCAGUACCUAAAAGAUGCAAGUCAGAUUCUGAUACUGAGAGAUGGCAAAAUGGUGAAAAGAGGAAUUUAUUCUGAGUUCCUGAAAUCUGGGGUAGAUAUUUUUUCCUUUUUUGAGAAGGAGAAGGAGCCGUCUGAACCAUCUCCAGUUCCCAGAACUCCCACUGUGAUCUCUGAGUCUUUGGUUCAGUCUCUCCAAUUUCCCAGACCCUCGUUGAAAGAUGCGGCUCCAGAGGACCAAGAAACUGAGAACAUACAAGUUGCACUACCUCUAGAGGACCAUUUGGAAGGAAAAGUUGGUUUUAAGACUUAUGAGAAUUACUUCACAGCUGGUGCUGACUGGCCUGUCAUCAUCUUCCUUAUUCUAGUAAACAUCGCAGCUCAGGUUGCCUACGUCCUGCAGGAUUGGUGGCUUGCAUUCUGGGCAAAUGUACAAAAUGAUCUGUAUUUUGGGAGAUAUGUAAAAGAACAUGAAGAUGUAGUGUUCGUUCUGAACUGGUACCUAGGAGUUUAUUCAGGGUUAACUGUGUCUACUGUCCUUUUUGGCAUCACACGGUCUCUGUUGAUAUUCUACAUCCUUAUUAAUUCUUCACGAACUUUGCACAACAAAAUGUUGGAGACCAUUUUAAGAGCUCCUGUAUUGUUCUUCAAUAGAAAUCCAAUAGGAAGAAUUUUAAAUCGUUUCUUCAAAGACAUUGGGCAUAUGGAUGACUUGUUGCCACUGAUAUUUCAAGAUUUCAUCCAGACAUUUCUACUUGUGAUUGGUGUGGUGGGCGUGAUGGUGGCUGCAGUUCCUUGGACUGCUAUACCUGUGAUUCCCCUUGGCAUCAUUUUCUUUUUUCUUCGGCGGUAUUUCUUAGAGACAUCACGAGAUGUGAAACGCCUGGAAUGUACAACAUGGAGCCCAGUAUUUUCCCACUUAUCAUCUUCUCUCUGGGGACUCUGGACCAUCCGGGCAUACAAAGCUGAACACAAGUUUCAGAAACUGUUUGACGCACACCAGGAUUUGCACUCAGAGGCCUGGUUCCUGCUUUUGACGAUGUCCCGAUGGCUCGCUGUGUAUCUGGAUGUCAUCUGUGCCAUAUUUGUCACUGUUGUUGCCUUUGGGGCCCUGAUCCUGGUAGAAUCUUUGGAUGCUGGGCAUGUUGGCCUGGUGCUAUCGCUCACCAUCACACUUACCAGUAUGUUCCAGUGGUGCAUCAGGCAAAGUGUGGAAGUUGAGAACAUGAUGGUUUCAGUAGAAAGGGUGAUUGAAUACACAGACCUUGAGAAAGAAGCACCCUGGAAACUUGAGUAUCGUCCACCUCCAUCCUGGCCCAACAAGGGAAUGAUUUCCUUUAACUAUGUGAACUUCAGGCAUAACUCGGACGGGCGUCUGGUAUUGAAGAACAUGUAUCCAGACUUUCACCCAAGACAAAAGUAUGGCAUCGUGGGAAGAACAGGAGCUGGAAAAAGUUCACUCAUUGCUGCCCUUUUUAGAUUGUCAGAACCCGAAGGUGACAUUUAUAUUGAUGACAUCUUGACAACCAGUAUUGGACUGCAUGAUUUAAGGAAGAAAAUGUCAGUUGCACUUCAGGAACCUGUUUCAUUCACUGGAACGAUGCGGAAAAAUCUGGAUCCCUUUAAUGAGCAUACAGAUAAUGAACUGUGGAAUGCCUUAGAAGAGGUACAACUUAAAGAAUCCAUUGAAGGUCUUCCUGCUAAAAUGAAUACUGAAUUAGCAGAAUCUGGCUUGAACUUGAGUGUCGGUCAGAAACAACUGGUCUGCCUUGCCAGGGCUCUUCUCAGGAAGAAUCAGAUAUUGAUUCUUGACAAAGCCACAUCAUAUGUGGAUCCAAUAACUGAUGAGUUAAUACAAAAAAAAAUUCGUGAGAGAUUUGCCCAGUGCACUGUGCUGACCAUUUCACACAGGUUGAGCACCAUUAUUGACUCUGAUUGGAUAAUGGUUUUUGAUUCAGUGAAAUGGAAAGAAUAUAAUCGGCCAAAUAGUUUGCUGCAAGAUAGAAACAGCCUAUUUUAUAAGAUGGUGCAAGAACUGGGCGAGGAAGAGGCUGCUGUCCUUGCUAAAAGGGCCAAAUAG